AAACAAAAAAAAAAAAUCAAGGACGAUCGAAAAAACCAAGACUUUGCGAAUGCGUACACGGAGAGGAGAGAGAGUAACCGACUCAAGGCGUUAACAAUGGCGGUUGCUUCAUCGUCUCUGUUCAUCUUCUUCGCCACGACGUUACUGCUGCUUCUCACUGUUUCGUUCGUGAAAUUACCAUUUCAUCCUCGGGACCUGCUUCCGAUUUUGCCCAGGCAAGUCUCUUGGCCGGUUCUCAAUUCUCUCCAUACAGCCGUCGAUCUUCUCCCUACUUUUAUCGGCUCUGCCUCUCUUGAAAACGACGCCGUCGAGUGGAAAGGUGCUUGCUUUUAUGAGAACAAGGCUUGGUUGGAGCUCAAUAACAAGUCCGGUUCUGAAUUCGGCGGUGGUACUCUUCACAUUAAGGUCGAUAAGGCACAUAGUUGGACGUGCAUGGAUAUUUAUGUCUUUGUGACUCCAUAUCGUGUGACAUGGGAUUGGUACUUUGUGUCGAGGGAGCACACCAUGGAGUUCAAGGAGUGGGAGGGGAAAGCUGAGUAUGCAUAUGUUAAGCAGAAAGGAGUUUCAAUAUUCCUCAUGGAAGCAGGGAUGGUGGGAACUCUCCGAGCGUUGUGGGAUGUCUUCCCUCUCUUUACUAAUACCGGUUGGGGGGAGAAUUCUAAUAUCGCGUUUCUUAAGAACCAUAUGGGUGCUACUUUCCACCCUCGUCCUAAACCUUGGGUUACAAACAUUACUACUGAUGAAAUUCACUCUGGAGACUUACUAGCUAUUUCCAAAAUCCGUGGACGGUGGGGUGGUUUUGAGACCCUUGAGAAGUGGGUAAGUGGAGCCUAUGCUGGCCACACUGCUGUCUGUUUGAGGGAUUCUGAAGGGAAACUCUGGGUUGGUGAAUCCGGGAAUGAAAAUGAAAAGGGAGAAGAUGUAAUAGCGAUAUUGCCAUGGGAAGAGUGGUGGGAAUUUGAACAAACAAAGGAUGACUCAAAUCCCCACAUCGCAUUGCUACCGUUGCAUCCUGAUUAUCGAGCCAAGUUUAAUGUUACAGCUGCUUGGGAAUAUGCUCGUAGCAUGGAUGGUAAACCAUAUGGCUAUCACAACUUGAUCUUUAGCUGGAUCGAUACCAUCAGGGGAAACUACCCACCUCCUCUGGAUGCUCAUCUUGUUGCUUCGGUCAUGACAGUUUGGAGCAAAAUCCAGCCUGAUUAUGCUGCUAACAUGUGGAACGAAGCCCUUAACAAGCGACUCGGAACAGAGGGUCUUGAUCUUCCUGAUGUGCUGGUGGAAGUGGAGAAGCGUGGAUCUUCUUUUGACGAGUUGCUGGCAGUUCCGGAACAAGAUGAUUGGAUAUAUAGUGAUGGGAAAUCAACUUCUUGUAUCGCUUUCAUCCUCGAAAUGUACAAAGAAGCUGGCCUUUUCGAUCCAAUCUCUAGUUCUAUUCAAGUCACGGAAUUCACGAUCAAAGAUGCUUACAUGCUCAAGUUUUUCGAGAACAAUGCAAGUCGUUUUCCUAAAUGGUGCAAUGACAAUGACGAUAUGAAGCUUCCAUACUGUCAAAUACUUGGGAAAUAUAGAAUGGAACUUCCCGGUUACAACACAAUGGAGCCAUACCCACAUAUGAACGAGCAUUGCCCAUCUCUGCCUCCAAAAUACCACAGACCAAAGAACUGCUAGACCCGUAUAAUCAACUUUAUUGUCCGUUUUGUUAGGAAUGACUUCGUGUUGUUAUUAUGCACGAGUUAAAUUAGAAAAUUUCACUUUAAAUUGAAAAAAAAACCAUUGGGAAGAUUCUGUAUAUCCUUGUACAUAGAAAGUCACACACAUUAAUAAAUAUCCAUGGUCUCUUUUGUGGAGAAAAUUACUGAAAGUGGCAGUGGUUGCAGCAA